ACGCGGAGCCUGGAGCUAGCCCUGGUUCAGACAGACAGGCUGUGGCUGCGCGGAGCGGAGCGAGGCUAUCUGUUAGCUUCAAGAGUCUAGACCGCCGACAUGAGUUUCCUGGGAGGUUUGUUUGGGCCGGUAUGUGAGAUAGAUGUACUGCUGAACGACGCAGAGAACAGGAAAACAGCCGAGCUGAAGACGGAGGAGGGGAAGGUGGAGAAACACUACCUGUUCUACGAUGGAGAGUCCGUGUCUGGCAAGGUGAAUCUCAAUGUGAAGCAGGGAGGAAAGCGGCUGGAGCAUCAGGGCAUCCGCAUCGAGUUUGUAGGCCAGAUCGAGCUGUUCUCUGAUAAGAGCAACACCCAUGAGUUUGUGGACUUGGUCAAAGAGCUGGCGUUACCCGGAGAGCUCACCCAGAACAGAAGCUAUGACUUUGAGUUCAUGCAGGUGGAGAAACCCUACGAGUCCUACACUGGAGCAAACGUCAGGCUAAGAUAUUUCCUCAGAGUGACAAUAGUCCGCCGCCUGUCGGACCUCGUGAAGGAGUACGAGUUAAUUGUCCACCAGCUGGCCACCUACCCAGAUGUCAACAACUCCAUCAAGAUGGAGGUCGGCAUCGAGGACUGUCUCCAUAUUGAGUUCGAGUACAAUAAAUCCAAAUACCACCUCAAGGAUGUGAUUGUUGGGAAGAUUUACUUCCUGCUGGUCAGGAUCAAGAUCCAACACAUGGAGCUCCAGCUCAUCAAGAAGGAAAUAACAGGCAUAGGCCCCAGCACCACCACAGAGACAGAGACAGUGGCUAAAUAUGAAAUCAUGGAUGGAGCUCCGGUGAAAGGAGAAUCCAUUCCCAUCAGACUGUUUCUGGCCGGUUAUGACUUGACGCCCACCAUGAGGGAUGUUAACAAGAAGUUCUCUGUGCGCUACUUCCUUAAUCUGGUGCUGGUUGAUGAGGAGGACAGGAGAUACUUCAAACAACAGGAGAUUGUUCUGUGGAGAAAAGCUCCAGAGAAGCUGAGAAAAAGAAACUUCCACCAGCGCUACGAGUCGCCGGAGUCCCGGACCCAGCCGGUCACCGCUGAGCAGCCGGAGAUGUGAGAGCCAGGCCACGAACUGACAGACACACACACACACACACACACACACACACAGACACACCCCAGCUCUUCACUGCUGAACAGCCAGAGGUGUGUAUGAGGGCCGCCCCGCCGUCUCCCUGGACUGAGCAACGUCUGUAACCAUCAACGCCAUAACGCCCCCCGUCCUCCUCACCGCUUCACGGUUUCGGAUUUGAGCUGCCCACCGUCACUCCCUCCUCCUCUUCCCCACCAAAGGACUGAACACACACACACACACACACACACGAGCGUCCAGUCCGGGUCUGCUAAAGGUCAACGCAAGAGUGCAACACAAACAAUUCAAGACGCAAACGAUGAGACAACCGAUUCGAUCCUGGAGCCUCAGACUGAAAGCAUCCUCAAGCACACACACACACACACACACACACACACACACACACACACACACACACACACACACACACACACACACACACACACCCACACACACUCACACUAAUGAAGCCAUACAGCCUCAGUUUUCUGAAUGCAUCAAACAGCAGCAAAGGACAGAAUGAGAUGGCCACUGCACUCUUUCUCUCUAAGAGGAGUUCUUUUUUUUUUUUCCUUUAUAAUUUAACGCUUACACACCCUGGACUUUCUCUCCCACUUCCACUACUAAUGGACACUUUCUCAAGUGUGAAUGGUUCUAAGCGGUGGCUGAAAGUGCUGCAGAUGUGGGGCGAUGGACGCGAGAUGCCGAGCUGGGAGUCAACACAUGCUUUCUGUAUUUAUUCUACUACCUGCUCCCAUCCUGAUGCCCAGUUUGUGUUCCCGUGAGCGUGUCCUCACUGUCCUCACACUUCUCCCUCCAAGAAAGCGUCUGCAGAGCUGGGGAAUUAAAACAUCUAGUGCAGUAAAUUUACUAUCUUAACCGAGUUAUUAUCCUAGAAUUAUUCUACACUUGAAAAGCUAUUCCACUUUAACUUGUAAACUAGUUUCAGAUCACUACAUUUUUUCUUCAGGAAACAAGGUUUGAUUCCGUUCAGCCUUGUUGACUCGGUCCAUCAUUCAAUGCCAACAGAUGUCUGCUACUCGUAUAUUCUCCGACGUGGCAUCCAGCUCUAUAACUCUAACACAAUGAGGAGAAAAGGGUUUCUCCUGAAGUCUGCAAAAUCACGUCUUCUCUUUAAUGACUGAAAUAAGUGAAACUACUCUGUUUUCUGUUUGGCUGAAUGUUUUUUUUUUUUUUUGACUCGUUGGCUGCUGUUUGAAAACCGUCACACAGAUCAGUUCUGUACAAUAUUUCAUUCUCUUGUCAAGACAUUUUGGUUCAGAUCUCCCUGAAUGUUUGUGAGAUUAACAACACGUGCUCCACACGUAUCCAGAUGUGGCUUCUCCGUUGACAUUCACAGCUGUCUGGACAUUGUGUUCCAUCUCUUACAAUGCUGGUUAUUAUAUUGUUAAUUUAUAUUUGCUGUUUUAAACGUUUGGUUUGUUCAUAAUUACAAAAAUAGA